UUUUUUGGUUUUUUUUCUGGUCUGUCAUCAUCACCAAAUAAAAUGACAGUGAUUGAUAUUUGAUGGUAUAGUCAAUAAUUAUCACAUUCACGCACACACACGACAACGACAACGACGAGGACGACUACGAACAUUUCUGAUUUGAUUUUUAUUUUUAUUAAUAAUUUUUGUCACAAUUUUCGGUUGUUGUCAAGCUUCGAUUUGAAUAUAUUGAUUGGAUAAAUUCCAUUUUGUAAAGAACAACAUUUCGUUCAUCAUCAUGUCUUCACCAUCUUCAUCAUCAGUCCCAUCCAAUACGGUUACCAAUGUUAUUGCAUCAAAUUCAAACAACAAUGAUGAUGAUGACCUGAAACAUCCAUUAUUUCAUUUGGCUAUUGUUAAUCGUUUAAAAGAGAAAAUUCCAUUGAUUAAUCGUAUCAUAAUCUAUGUUGAAGAUAAUUAUGCACGAAUCAAAUCCGGUACUGGUAUGUUAUCGAUUGUAAUGGGUCAAGUUGAACAAGGUAUCAAUUCUAUGGCCAUAAAUAUUGUUCAUUAUGUACCUCGAAAACCUGUUGAAAUGAUUGAUAAAAUGGCAUGUAAUGGUGUGGAAAUUGUUGAUAAACGAUUACGACAAAUGUUUGAUUUAUCCAUUAUUAUUCGUGAUAAUGUCGUUGCCAUUCCUAUGGUAAUCUGGAAACAAUGUUCAGAAUUAAUGACAGUCGAUGGAUUCUAUGGAAAAUUAGAUCAAUUUCUUUCAUCAUUGGAAAUGAAAUUAGAAUAUUGGAUGCCGCUUCCAGAACCGCAUCAAAAUGUUCAGGAUCAAGAAUCGACGAAAAAAAUGUUUGCUCGUUUAUGGAUAUUUGUUAAACAUUUGAAUGAACAUUUGAAACAUUAUGCUAAAGGACAUUUUUUUAUCAUACGAUUAAUAGCCAUUAUGGAUCGUUUUAAACCGAAUUUCAUCACCAAUGGUACGUUGAUUUCGCCACCAAAAUCAUUGAAAAGUGAUGAUCAAAAAGUAAUCAAACCGGAUGUUGCCAUGGAAAAAUUAUCAUCAACAAUGGAAAAAAUGGUCGAAACAAUUUCCAAUAAUCCAAAUUUAUCCAAAUCAAUUGGUGGUGAUCAACAACAACAACAACAACAACAGCAACAAAAAUCAACAGCAACAACAACAAUUUCUACCGACGACAUUGUUGAACAAAAAAAAAUUCAACAAUUCAAAGAUCAAGUAACGGCUGCUGUUGAUCAAAUUAUUUCCAACGAUAUGAUGAAGGUGAUGGAUAAAAAAAUUGAUAAUAAUCAAAAAAUAAUGAACAAUCAUAUGAAUGGUCAAAAUGGCGAUGUAAACAAAGUACCAAAUAGUAUUGAUCAUCAACAACAACAACAACAACAACAACAACAAGAAUCGAUAAUCAAAGAAAAUCAUAAUGACAAUGAAAAAGUAAAUGGUGAACAACAAAAAUUGCAACAACAACAACGAGAACAAGGUACCACUAAUCAGAUGAAAAAUAAGGUUACACCACCAUCAUCGUCAUCAGUGAACAAUCCAUCAUCUAAAAUUCAAUCAACUAAAUCAACAAAAUCAUCGAAAAAAUCAACAUCUUCAUCAUCGGCUAAUGGAUUCUGAUUUUUUUUUUAAAGAAAAAAAAAUUCUAUAUCAACUUUUUAUUCAAACCUCUAAUACUCUUUGUUUGUUUUUAUAUUUUCAGAAAAAAAAGAAAAAUUAAUUUAAAUUUUAAUCAAUGAACAUUUGUGAAUGAUACAACAAGUUUGUAACCUUGAAAAUAAAAAUUCAAUAAAAAAAAUUGAACCGCGCCCUAA